AUGUAUCUACUCUUUCAUCCAAAAGUUCUCAUCCUGCUGCUCGCUGCGCUGGUCACAAUCGCAUGCAUAUCUGUCAGGCGCUUCCUCGCCCGGCGCCAGUUCGCACGCAAGCACGGUUGCAAACCAGUAGCAAGAUCCUUCAGCAAAGAUCCUUUUCUAGGCCUUGAUACUAUCCGGGAGACCAUCCGCGCUCUAAGACAGCACAAAAUCCUCGAAAGGAGCGUCGAGCUCUUCCGCAUCUACGGCAACACCUUUACCGUAAAGGAGCUGCAAAAACGCGCCAUCCUAACCAUAGAGCCGGAGAAUAUCAAAACGAUUCUGUCGCUGAACUUUAACGACUACGGCCUCAGCCACCGGCUUCAACCCUUCAAACCACUCCUGGGCGAGGGCAUCUUCGACACCGAUGGCGCGCACUGGGCCGCAUCGCGUGCCUUGAUCCGGCCUAGUUUUACCCGCGACCAGGUGGCUGAUUUGACGUCGUUGGAGGGUCUAAUUCAGGAUCUGUUUGCGUUGCUGCCGCGGGAUGGGAAGACGGUAGUGGACUUGCAGGAGCUGUUCUUCCGGUACACGAUCGAUUCCGCGACUGAGUUCCUGUUCGGACAGUCAGUCAGGACGCUGAAGAAGACACAGUCCGAGCUUGAGUUCGCGCAUGCCUUCCACUAUGCCCAGAAGGCUAUCAUCACGCGAGGCAUGCUAGGCUCGCUGGCCGUAUUCUAUCGCGAUCGAAAGGCAGAUGAGUGUAACCGCAUCUGCAGGGAGCUUGUCCAGCGGUUCGUUGACGAGGCAUUCCGCGCGGUUGAGAACAAAGGAGAGAAGAAACAGGUUGAGACGGGCCGCCAGAAGCGUAUUUUCUCGCAUGAGUUGGCGGCGCGGACAUCCGAUAAGCAGCGCGUUCUGGAUGAGCUGAUGAAUGUGCUGUUGGCCGGUCGUGAUACAACCGCUAGUCUACUGAGCAAUUUGUUCUUCAUGCUGGCGAAGAAGCCAGCGAUUUGGGAUAAGCUGCGUAGGGAGGUAGUUGGUUUACAGAGCCGGACACCAACUUAUGAGGAGCUCCGCAGCCUGAGAUAUGUCCAGUGCUGUAUAAACGAAUCACUACGUUUACACCCCGUUGUCCCACGCAAUGAACGCCAGGCGGUGCGGGAUACCGUUCUACCACUCGGAGGAGGCGACGAUGGUCUCUCCCCGGUCUUCGUGCCCAAGGGUACCAUCGUGUCCUACAACAUCUACGCAAUGCAUCGGCGGGCGGACUUCUACGGGCCAGACGCAGAGGAAUUCCGUCCUGAGCGCUGGGAGGAUGGAAAGCUGCAGCCGCGCUGGGGUUAUCUGCCGUUUAAUGGCGGCCCGCGAAUCUGCAUCGGGCAGCGGUAUGCGUUGACCGAGGUCAGCUACGUUCUUGUCCGGAUGGUGCAGGAGUUUCGGGCUCUGGAGAGUCGGGAUCCAGGACCGUGGGAGGAAUCGCUGGCUUUGACGCUGUGCUCGCGGAAUGGGACGAGGGUGUGUCUUAUUCCUGGUUGA